CGCCUAUAGUAUUUAACAAUAAAUAAUGAAUAGAAUUAAGUUAUUCAAGAAAUUUUUGAUGCCUAGCGGCCUGUGUGCAGCAGUACCCUUGGCAAAAUCUGAAGAAAAAUUGUCCGUUUCAGAUGUUAAUAAUGCUAAUGCAAAUGAUAGUGAACAUUCCAAAUUAAGCCCUUAUUACAGACCUGCACCACGACGUGUUACAAUAGAAAACGAAGAGCCAAGUCGGUUAGAAGAAAAUGUUGGAAUUUUACGAAGGUCGAUACAAGAUAAAUUAAAAGUGAUCUCAACAUACAAAAACACAAUUUCAAAUACAAUUGAUGUUGGUUACGCGCACACCAAAGAAACUUUUAAUUAUUUGAAAGAUGAGUCAAAUACAUUACCUCGUAUUGGUGCAGUCGGGGUUGGUGGUUUAAGCGGAUUAAUAUUAGGUUUAAGAGGUGGAAAAUUAAAAAAAUUAGUAUUUUCUAGCACUGGUGCACUUGUUGUUGGAUCAAUUUGUUACCCAAAUAAAUUUGAAAAUGGGUGCAAAUUUAUAAAAUAUUAUGUCACUGUUGGAUAUAAUUUCGUACGAGGAGUUAAAUCCGAAGAGAAUAAUAACGCAGGCAUGACAUUGUUAGAUUUAAAAAAUCUAAAUUUCUCCAGAGUAUCAGAUACGUUUAACAAUUCUUCGCUUGGCUUGUUAGUUCAUAAAAUUAAGAAAGUGUACGAUGAUUUUGCAGCGACACCUGUACCACCCGGUGAGAAGAAGUCGAAAGAAAAUUAACAUAUUUCAAAAUUUGUCAUUGA